AAAGCAUUAAUCAAAACUUGAAAAUCGACAAAAAUUGAAUGAGCGACAGUGUUUGCCGUGAACAUUAACCGACUGUGGUAACUGGUAUCAUCGACUUUGAUUCGGAUUUGGGUCCCCACUGUUUGUGUUUGCACUGUUGUCCAUACUGAUUAAUUAAAAAUUUAAAUUUUAUUGAUUGAUUGAUAAAUUCCGAUCAUCAUUAUAUAAUUCGUCAUGCGUAAAUCUCGCCCCCGAAAACGUGGCCGCCCACCAAAAAAUCAAUCAAAUAAUAAUAAUAAAUAUUUGAAUACAAAAAUCAAUAAAGUGAUUAUCGAUGAUGAUGAUGAUGAGGAUUCGAAUCAUAGUUCAUCCACUACAAAUACAUCAAGAUCAUCGGGUACGAAUAAUAAAUAUCAGACACGUUCCACACGGCGAUCAUCAACACGUUCAAGUAGUACUGUGGUAGAAUUAACGAAAAAACGUGGCCGAAAACGUAAAAAAACCGAAAGUGAAGAUGAAUUAUGUGAUGAUGAAUAUUAUUAUGAUGAACCGGCAACACAAAGUGAUGAAGAUGUUGAUGAUUCGGAUAAAGAUAAUGAUGAUGAUGAUGAUGAUGAUGUUGACGUUGACGACGAUAAGGAUGAUGAAAAUGAAAUAGAUGAAUUCGAAGAAGAAGAAGAAUUAGAAGAAGAAAGUGAAGAAGAAGAAGGAACCGAACAAACCGGUAAACGUCGUGGAAGACCACCACGUGAAAAAGCACCAGUUUAUCUUGAUGAUCAAGAAGUACCAGAAUUAUCAUUGCCAUCAUCAUCGGAAGAUUUACUCAUCACCGGCAAUGAAUUGAUUCGUACACUAAGUAUUUAUGAAAUUUUACGACAUUUUUCAAAUACUCUACGAUUAUCACCUUUUCGUUUUGAAGAUUUUUGUAUCUCACUUUUGAUUGAUGAACAAACUUAUUUAUUAUCCGAAAUUCAUAUUCAAUUAUUGAAAGCUUUGAUUCGUGAAGAUGAUUUGAUUGGUACACAGCAUGGACCGCAGGAUAUUCGAGAUUCUAUUAAUGUUUAUCUUCAUCUUUGCGAUCAUGUUACAUGGCCAGAAGUGCUUAAAAUUUAUCUUUCAUCUGAUUAUAAGAAAAAUAAGCCAAUUAUGGAUCAAUCAUUGAUGAAUGAUACGUAUCCAUUCACUAGUGUAGAUAAAAAGCUAAUACUUCUCCAACAUUUAUGUGAUGAUUUUCUCAACACACAAGUCGUCAGAGAUGCCAUCAAUUCUGAAGGAAAACUUGAUCAUGAUGAACAUUGUCGUUCGUGCCACAAAAAUGGUGAAAUGUUAAUGUGUGAUUCAUGCCCGGCAGUAUUUCAUUUAUCCUGUUUGGAUCCACCAUUGAAACAAGUUCCCGAACAAGAAUGGUUUUGUCCGAUUUGUAAACAAAAUCAAGUGAUGGGCGUUACCGAUUGUGUGAAUGAAUAUGAACGCCAAAUGCCACGACAAGAACCGAUUGGUUGGGAUCGUCAUGGACGACAAUAUUGGUUUCUUGCUCGUCGUAUCAUUGUUGAAGAUACUAAAUCCGAUAAAGUUUGGUAUUACACAACGCGGUUACAAUUUGAUGAACUACUUGAAUGUAUUGAUGAUGAAAUGUAUGAAUCAGAUCUAUGUAAAACGUUGUCCGAAUUACAUGAUGAUAUCUAUAAACAAAUGGGUAUUACUGAAAAGCUUACGAAAAUAGCCAAAGGUUCUCGAAAAAGCUAUCUUGAAGUAGUGAAUGAAGAAUUGUAUUUAAAACGAUCUUCAAAAAUAAAAUCCAAUUCAACAGAUGAUCAAUCAGUAAUUGGUGAGAAAAUAGCUGAAUUAGAAACAAAAUUAGCCGUUGAUGAAGAAGAUUUAAGAGGUGCUGGUGGUGGUGGUGGUGGUGGUAUGCAAACACGGCUAAAAACUGGUACUUUACCACAAAAAUCAUUUACAAUGACAACGAAUUAUUUACGAAAUCAAACCAGCCUGUAUAAUACGAUUCAAGCAUUCCGUGAUGAAGAAACUGUUAUUGUUGUGGCAGAUAAUGAAAAAACUUUAACACGUACUCAACGGCGAGCAUUACCAGCAACAUAUUUUGAAGUGAAUCUGUUCAAUCUUGGUUUCGAAGGAAAUUAUCGUAAUUAUCAGAAUAUUUAUAGCUUAAUACCGAUGGCAUUGAGCCGAAAUCAGGUUCAAGAUGAUCGUGAUCGUCGAAGACAUUUAAGUCAUAAAUUUAGUUUAACACCAAUGUCUGAUUUAAAAUGGGCUUCAUAUAAUCAAGUUAUAACAGCGGCUCCAGUUACAACGGCACAUGGACCUAAACCAAUGUUGAUCAACACAUUACGGCAAGCUUUAUUGCAAUUUGAAUUGAAUUUUCCGAAUCCAUUGAUGCAUUCGAAUUGGAAACGUCAUCGUGAUAAUUGGAUUAAAGCAGUAAAAAUUUGUUCAGAACCCAGAGAAUUUGGUUUAGCUUUGUAUAUUCUGGAAUCAUCGAUGAAACCAGUGUUAUUCAACAAUGCCUGGAAUGAUUUAUUGGGCUUUACUGUUCUUCAACGUACCACUCAAUUAGAACGUGAUGAAUUGAAAAAGAAAGAAAAGAAAAGUGGUCGUUCUGCUGCUGCCGCUGCUUCGGCUAUGGCAAUAGAAGUUGCUGAAUUAAUGUCCAGUAUGUUGGAUCCAAAUGAUUCAUCGACGGCUUCGAAAUACAAUCCAUUAGGUGGUGGUGCCGGAGUCAAAUUAGUCAAUGGAAAAUUACGUCAUCAAAUAUGGAAACAAAAAGGUGAAGAAUAUCGUCUAUCAGGUGUUGGUGGUUGGUUUUGGCUCACUAGUAUACGAAAUCCAUAUAAAGUGGUCAAAUGUGAUUUAGAGAAAAAUUUAUCACUAACACCUAAUGUUGAUGACGAUGUUGUGAUGAAAGAAAGUGAAAGUGACGACAACAACAAUAAUCAAAAUGAAGAAAUAAAAACUGAAAAAAUUGAUGAAAAUUCCACCAUGAAAACUGAUGAUGAUGAUGAUGAUGGAAAUGAUGAAAAUUUUAUCGUAAAAAUUUCCGAAUUUCUAACAGAGAAAACAUCGAAAAAACGAAAAUUUUAUUAUCCAAAAAUUUUUCAAGAAUCAAAAUUAGACAAACUUUUAUCCUGUCGUAUGAAUCAAUUGACAUUUGAACGUAAACAGAAAAAAGAAAAUGAUGAUGUUGAUGAUGAGAAGAAAAAUGAUGUUUUGAUUAAACCGUUGAAAUCAACACAACCACCGGUAUCGAUAACGAGUUGUUGUUAUUCAAUCAGCUGUGAUUCAAAUUCAUCUACGGUGCUUCCUUCUUCUUGUUCAUCACCUGUUGAAAAUGGUCAUCAUAAUUGUUAUUCACCACUUUGUUCUUAUUUAGCUAAAAAUCAAAAUCUUAUCAAUGGAAAUUGUUGUUCAUCAAUUAAAAAAGAAGAAAUGAUUUUCAAAGAUCUUACCGAAUCAGUUGAAUUGCAGAAAAUUAUCACUGUGGAUGAUGUGGAACAAUUUGCAAAAAAAGUCGUUUCAUUCACUAGUAAAGCACAGCUGCCACCAAGUACACGUUUUACGAAUGGAAAAUUUAAAUCAAUUUUCAUACCAUUGGAUUAUGAACUUCGUCAAUUGGGAAGAACUGGUGGUCAAUAUGAAAUUUCCGGUUUCAAUUAUAAUGCCAAGAUUAAUCCAUCAAUAUGGCCAUAUGGUUUAACACCACGGCCAUCAUUUCGAAUCACUUGGCUUUUUCGUGUAUAUAAUCUACCAACAUUGCAUUGUGUUGCAUUGCAGCUACGUGUAUUAUGGGCAUCAGUUCGUUGGGAUGAUUUAGCACAGAAACCACCGAUUUCUGGUACAAACACCAUAACCACUGAUGUUGAUGUACAAACCAUUGAAAUUCUCAAACGAAGAGAUAUGCCACCAUUUGGUUUACGUUCUGAAUAUCAUAUCAGGAAAAUUACCGUGCCAAUCGAUGUGCCUAUUUAUCGUUCACGUGAAAUUCCAACACCAAAUCGUAGUGGAUUACGUGAACGGCGACGGCCUGAAUCACCGCAGAAUAGAGGUCCACGAAUGGAUGAAAAUUGGGUUCGCGAAGAAGAAUUAGAAAUAUGGGAAAUUAAACAAUUCAAUGAUAAACAGAUUCAUUUAGCACGACAGAAAGCUAUUCAAGAACAGCGUCAAAAAGAAUUGGAAAUGAAAAGAAAAUUACAAGAGACCGGUAGUGUUCAUAAUAAAACAUCAAUCGAUACGGUCCGAUUUGUUAAUGGUGGCAAUAUUAAUUUGCACCCCAACACAGCAACAUCGUUUGGCAAAACACUUACGGCAAAAUUCUCGACUUUAAUCACAAAUCGUGUGUCACCAAAAUGUUCCAAUACAUCAUCCAAUUCAUCAACUCAAUCUACCACUCAUCAUCCUACUAUUGCUACAUUGAAUACAUCGUUACCAUAUGGAUCAACGAUUCAUACAUCGAAUGGUCAAGCAAUUCGUUUACAAACAACCAACGUGACUAAACCAUCGUCAUCACAGCUUUUUAUUCGUGAUGGAAAUAAUUUCCAAUUACUGACAUCCACGGCCAGUCCUGUGACAGCGAAUAAUCGAACAUAUAUUUUACGAACACCAUUAAAUUCUACAGGUGGUGGUUCAACGGUUACCACCAACACCACCACCACCACCACCACUGGACGGCCAAUUUUCAUUUCAAAUAAUUUCAAUACUACAACAUCACCAAUAAUUCGUUCAGUAAAUACGAUUCAGCAUUCGAAUAUUCGACAUUCAAUACCGAUUAUUGCGACAAAUUGUCCGAAAAAAAUAUCCACAGCAACAACGGUAAAUGCUAUAUUGACAACGAAUACAUUGAAAAAUGUCAUGACAACUACAACGGCGACAACUGUGACAACAACAGCUACAGUUACAGCUACAGCUACAUCAUCAUCAUCAUCAUCGUCAUCAAGUCCAGUUUUAUCGGCAAUCAAUGUAACAAAUUCCAAAAAUAUUACUUGUUUACCAUUAAAACUGAGUGAUGGCCGUACACAUUAUCUUCCAUUAAGUUCAUUAUCUACUGCUGCUGCUUCUGCUUCUGGUACUGGUACUGCUUCUGGUGGUGGUGUUGGUACCAAUCAAACCGUACAAAUUUCCUUAAAUUCCAAUAAUCAAAUUCGUUUUAUUACGACUAAACCAAUUAUUAAUGCCUCUAAUUCUCCAUCAGCAGUUGGUUUGAGAUCGAAUAAUUCGACUAUUGUCACUGGUGGUGGUGGUGAUAAUAAUAAUAAUAAUCAAUCUCAAUCUCAACCAAAAGCAAUUUUUGUCGCUACAAGCGGUAAUAAUGCAAUGUUGGCGCCGACAACCACUCCACUCAAUACAAUCGUAUUGACCAAUGCAAAUAAUCAAAAAGUUAUUCUCCAUUCAGCAGCCACAUCGGCGGCCACCGCAACGCCAACAACAUUGAAUCAAAUGGGCAUUAAAACUAUUCAAAUUGGUGGUGGUAAUAAUCAAUCAACGGCACGAAUAUUGACCAAAAGUCCAAUUAUAGUUCGUAAUCCAAAUGUUGUAACCACUGGACAGCAAACGGAUCCGAUUCCAGCAUCGACAUUAUCGAAAGCUAAUGUUAUCAACAGUAAUACGUCGUCGAGUAAUUUACAGAAUAAAGAAUCGGAAGAAAAAGAUUUUGUCGUCACUGCAGAAAUGACACAAGAUAUCGUACGGAAAGCUUUGAUGAAUCCAAAUGUAGCGCCAGAAAUUGCACAAAAAUUAUUAGCAUUACAAAAACAUCAUCAAGAACAAGCCGAUUCGCCAAAUUAUCAACAACAAUUUAAUCAACAACAUCAGCAACAAUCAUUACCAAAUAAAAAUGAGUAUACUACGAGCAAUCAUCGAAUCAGUCAACGAUCAUCAUCAUUAUCAACAACAACAAGAAGUUCACGUUAUUCACGUUCAAAAUAUGAUAAUGAUGGUGAUUAUAUUUAUGAAUAUCCACAACCGGAACGACAUAGUAGAACACCGCGUCCUGUACGUGAUGAAAAAGAAGAUACGGAAAGAAUUUGUUCAAAUGUUAUCAAACAAAUGAUUGAUAAAAUAGAGAAAGAAAUACGUUCCAAUAAACAUAAAGAAGUAAUGGCUGAAAGAAAACAUAAGAAAAAUAUGCAGAUGAAAAUCAAAUUUCGUCAAAAUCAUAUCGAAGUUAUUCGUAGGAAUAUUUUACGUAGAAAAUCCGUAUUUAAUCAACAUAUAAAAUGUAUGGUUGAACGUGAAAUUGAUGAAAAAUUAAAACAAGCUCAACGAAAAUUAGCAGCUGCUCAUGCAAAAUCAUCUUUAGUAAAAACAGCAUCAUCAUCAUCAUCAAACCAAACAGUGACAACUGUGAAUCAGUCAAACAAUGUCAAACUUACGAUAUCUGGUGUAAAACAUAAACUUGAUAGUAAAGAUUUUGAUUCCAACAACAAAUCUAACAAUAAUUCAUCAUCAACCGAAACACCAGAAUCUGAAUCUCGAUCAAUCAAACGGCAACGUUUAGCUAAUACUAGUGGCUCUAAAUCAUCAUCAUCACCAUCAUCAUCGAGUAAUGUUGAUUCACAAUCUACGGUGAAUAAUGUUGCUGCUGCAAAAAGCCCUCAUCAUCAGACGCAGAAAAAAUCACCAAAAAGUAAAACGGCAACAAAUUAUUGUAUCUGUAAUCGUACGGAUGAUAAAUCAAUGAUGAUUGCUUGUGAUGAUUGUGGCCGUUGGUAUCAUAUUAAAUGUAUCGGAAUGGAUAAACAAGAAGCUGAUGAUUUGGAACAAUAUUUUUGUUUAGAUUGUAAAGAUCGAAAUCCAAAAUUGAAUGAUGAUCAAAGUAAAAAAUCCAAUUCAUUAUCAAACAAUAAUAGUAAAUCAAGUCCACGAUCAACGACGGUGACAACGACGCCGACAACGACGAAUGUCAGAAAAUCUGGUCCAGGACGUAAACCUAAACACCAUCAUCAUCAUAAUCGUUCAACAGCUACUAACAACAAUUCCAACGAUAAUCAUAAGGUGGUUAUUGAACAUGAAGAUGAUGAUAAAGAAUAUUGUUUUUGUAAAGAAAAAUAUGAAAGCGAAAAAUUUUAUAUUUGCUGUGAUCAAUGUAAUGAUUGGUUUCAUGGUCGCUGUGUUGGCGUCACCUGUAUUCGUGCCGAUCAAAUUGACGAAUAUUUUUGUCCACGUUGUCAAGGUGAAGAAUCAAGAAGCUAUAGAAAUAUUCAACCACUUGUUGAUGGUGAUUUUCAACGGAUGGAAAAAAUAGUCAAAACUGUUAAGUCACAUCGAAGUUCAUGGCCAUUUUUGAAACCUGUUGAUGGAAAACAAGUUCCCGAUUAUUAUACGGUCAUCAAAGAACCAAUGGAUCUUCAACAAAUUUCCAAUCGUAUUAGUGGCCGUAAUUAUAAAAGAUUCACAGAAUUCAUUUAUGAUAUGCAUAAAAUAUUCGAUAAUUGUCGAUAUUAUAAUGAACCAAGUUCACAAUAUUGUUUUUUCGCCAAUACAUUGGAAGAAGUUUUCGAACGAAAAUUACGUGAAUUAAAAGACUAAAAAAAAUUGAAUUCAUGAAAAUCGAAAAAGAUAAUUUGAAAUCAAUUUUAUUAAAUAUUUAGAAUAAUUAAUAGAUAUAAUCGUUGUGUGGCAAUCUGUGGAUAUAUUAUAUUUUUUUUUAAUUUUAAUCUUGUGUAAAAUGUAAACAAAUAUACAAAUUGACAGAUUUUAUACAUUUGAAACACACACACACAUAUCCACAAACACGUGAAUAGAUGAUUUUUUUCAAUACCACUUUAAAAAAUACUUUCUUUUUGCUAAAUAAUAAUAUCGAUCGAUAUUGAUCAUUUGAACACAUAAUAAUUGAAUGGUGAUGUUCUAUUAUUACGUCAUUUAUUGACAGGAAAAAAAAUUCAAAUUUCGAACACAAAUUUCAUGUGUGUGACAUUUACAUUUUUUUUUUUAAUUUUUUUUUAUUUUGGAAUGUAAAAUGUCAAAUUCAGAUCGGUUCAAAUUGAUUAUAAAUGCUGAUGAUGACAACGACGGAUAUGA